AUGGCGUCCGUGACCGCGAGCGCGCGCGCGCUGCCGUGCUUCGCCGCCGUCGAGGCGCACGCGACGUCCCUGGGCACGACCGUCGCGUCGCCCGACUUCCCGGCGAAAGCCGACGCCGCCGACGAGCUGCGGCCCUUCCGCGACAAGUUCCUCUUUCCGGCGGCCGACGCCGCCGGGCGGCCGAGCGUCUACCUCUGCGGGAACUCGCUGGGCCUCCAGCCCGCGUCGACGAAGCAAGCCGUGCUCGCGGACCUCGACCGCUGGGCGGCGCUCGGCGUCGAGGGCCACUUCGAGGACGAGCCCGGGAAGCCGAAUCCGGGCGUCGCGUGGUGGACGAUCGAGGAUUUGGCCGAGGCCGAGGCGGCGCGCCUCGUCGGCGCGGAGCCGGGCGAGGUCGUCAUCAUGAACUCGCUCACCGUGAACCUGCACCUGCUGCUCGGCGCCUUCUACCGGCCGGACGGCGCGCGCGAGGUGAUAGUCGUCGAGGACAUGGCGUUCCCCUCGGACGAGUACGCGGUCCAGUCCGUCGUGCGGCACCACGGCCGCGACCCGGCGGCGUGCAUCGUGCGCGUGCCCCACGGCGCCGACUUCGCCGCGGCGGUCGCGGAGCUCGGGGACCGCUGCUGCGUCGUCCUGGUCGGCGCGCUGCAGUACUACAGCGGCGAAUGGUACGACGCGAAGGCGCUGGCCGACGCGGCCCACGGCGCCGGCGCUGUGCUGGGCCUCGACUGCGCCCACGCCGCGGGCAACGUGCCCCUGGCCCUCCACGCCGACGGCGUCGACUUCGCGUGCUGGUGCUCCUACAAGUACCUCAACUCCGGGCCGGGCGCGCUCGCGGGCGCGUUCGUCCACGACAAGCACGACACGCGGGCCCUCGACGGCGCCCUGCGGGGCUGGUGGGGCAACGAGCGGUCGAGCCGCUUCCGCAUGGCCCGGGAGCCCGAGUUCCGCGCGGGCGCGCCGGGCCUCCAGCUCAGCAACCCGCCGACGCUGCCCAUGGUCGCGCUCAAGGAGGCCUACGCGCUCCACGACGCGGCGACCAUGGCGAAGCUCCGGGCCAAGUCCCUCGCGCUCACGGGCUACCUCGAGGUGCUGCUCGCGCAACUGCUCCCGCCGGGGAGCCACGACCAGGUCACGCCGCGCGACCCGGCGCGCCGCGGCGCGCAGCUCUCGCUCCUCUUCGCGCCGCCGACGGACGUCGACGCCGUCUUCGCCGAGCUCCGGAAGCGCAACGUCUUCGUCGACCUGCGCCGGCCCAAUGUCAUCCGCGUCGCGCCCGCGCCGCUCUACAACGGCUUCGCCGACGUCCGCGCGUUCGUCGACUGCCUCGCCGAGGCCCUCGCGGCCCAGAAGACGUAG